UGGAAGAAGAAAAUGAAAUAUGAACAACCGCGCUGGUUGUAAUAGAUCGACUUGAAUGCGUCUUCUUGCUCCAGCAUUCAAGUUCCAUUUCAAGGGAGGACGACGUACCAUGAUACUUUCUGUUUUGUCGAGCCCUGCUUUGGUCUCUGGUUUGAUGGUUGUACGUGCUAAAAAUGCGGUACAUUCUGUUUUGUUUCCCAUCCUAGUCUUUUGCGACACUUCUGGUUUACUUAUUUUGUUAGGUCUCGACUUCUCCGCUAUGAUCUCCCCAGUAGUUCAUAUAGGAGCUAUUGCCGUUUCAUUCCUAUUCAUGGUUAUGAUGUUCAAUAUUCAAAUAGCGGAGAUUCACGAAGAAGUAUUGCGCUAUUUACUAGUGAGUGGUAUUAUUGGACUGAUCUUUUGGUGGGAAAUGUUCAUCAUUUUAGAUAAUGGAACCAUUCCAUUACUACCAACCCACAGAAAUAUGACCUCUCUGAGAUAUACGGUUUAUGGCGGAAAGGUACGAAGUUGGACUAAUUUGGAAACAUUGGGCAAUUUGCUUUAUACCUACUAUUCCGUCUGGUUUUUGGUUUCUAGUCUGACUUUAUUAGUAGCUAUGAUUGGGGCUAUAGUACUUACUAUGCAUAGGACUACAAAGGUGAAAAGACAGGAUGUAUUCCGAUGAAAUGCCUUGGGUUCUAGGAGGAAUAUAGUGAACAGGACUAUUUCUCCUUUUGGCCAUAGCCAUAGAAGAAGCUUCUCCUCCAAAGCCGAGGGAGGGGAAUCUCAGGAUUCCUAUGACCCUGCUUAUAUCGAUUUUUUAAGAGCUCGUUUAGGGUUUUUCCCGGGUUUGGUACCAAAUCUGGAUAAACUUUCGGUUCUUAAACCUGAGGAAAUUCUAUUUCUGGCUUUUCGCUUCCCACGGGAUGCGAACAUGUUUAAAUUGCCCCUAAAGAAUAUCAAAGAUAUGAUUAAAGAAGCAAUGGCUAAA